AUGAGCUCGACGGAGAACACCGAACCCAAGGUCGAUGAGACCAAGGCCCCCGAGGCCGAGUCUAAGCCUCUCGCUUCUUCGUCUGUUUUCUCCAUGUUCGGCGGUGGCGCGAAGAAGGAGAAGAAGGACGACGACGAGGAUCGCGGCGAUGUCUCUGGCAGCGCCAAGGCUCAACGUGAAGCUGCUGCUGCUGCCAAGGGCGACGACGAGGAACAAGUUCCCGAAUCCGAUGAUGUCAAUUUCGAGCCCGUUCACAAACUCACCGAGGUAGUCGAGACAGUAACGCACGAGGAAUCUGAAGAACAGGUCUUCAAUAUGCGCUGCAAGAUGUUCAGAUUCGUUCAAGAGUCUCGUGAGUGGAAGGAGCGUGGCACUGGCCCCCUUCGUCUGCUCAAGCACAAGGAAAAUGGCAAGACCCGUCUCGUCAUGCGCCGUGACAAGACCCUCAAAGUUUGCGCCAACCACUAUAUCACCCCUGACAUGAAGAUCGCGCCUAUGUCCACUAGCGACCGGGCCUGGCUCUGGAACGUUGCCGCCGAUGUCAGCGAAGGUGAACCCGAGGCUAUCACUGUCUCUGUUCGCCUUGCGAACGCCGAAAACGCCCAGCUAUUCAAGGAAGCAUGGCUCAAGGCCCAAAAAGAAAACGAGGCUUUAUUUGCUAAGGAGGAAGAGGGAGAAGCGGCCAAGCCCGAGGAGGAAAAGAAGGAGGAAACCGCAGCUAGCUCCUAG